AUGGGCUGCGGGGCGACAAAGCCGAAGGUUACAGGGGAUCCUGGCAAAGCGGCUGAUGCAGCGAGGGAGCGCAGUGCAUCACCUUCGAAGGGUGGGCUGCGAAAGUCCAAGACAGCGUGGGAAGAUGAUCAUUUGUGUCCUGCAGAUGAACUCGGCAAGGUGUUCACCAUCCAACAAGCCUUUCCUGCCAUCGACAUGAUUGGGAAUCGGCAUAGCGACAUCCCAGACGAGGUGAGUUGUAGCGUCUGUUGCAGGCACCUCCUCCUCGAGGGACAAGAGUUGGAAUUCUACGCGUGCAGGAGAUGUUGGUCUGAGGGACGAAUCUAUACCCUUUGCCCUAUGUGUGUUGCAGCUCAAGAGAUGAAAGUGGCAUCCGAAAAGUUGACCCCGCUGUCAGCAGCGAAACAACGGAGGAGAAGUUCCACGAUGACCAAUCUCAGCAGUAGCGUAUCUCCUCACCGUGGCAAGCGACACAGUUUGGAUCGAACCAGUAAUCCCUUGGCUGAGAUACCUCGAAGUAACAGCAUGAGGUCAGACAACACAGCUGUGACUGAUGAGCCUCAGGAGGAGCACGGCAAGCCGAUGCCGAUGCCCCUGGAGCAGCAGCGCCGCCGCCGCAGCAGCGGCCGCUCCUCCCCCGCGCGGCGAAAGCGCCGGAGCUCAAUGCCCGAGACGUCCUCCAAGACUUCGAAUGCCUUUCGAAGAAGGUCAGAUGGAGAUAUGUCGGCCUCUACAGGUCUGACCUCUGACGAGUUGCCAGAAAGGCUUACGGGGGAAUGGACCGCGAACAUCGAAGAGGGCAAGAAAAACUCCAGGAACGAGUCGCGACAUCUGAAGUUUGCACUCAACGGCUGCAUUCUCGGAUCCCACGAAGAGGGCAAUCUGUCAGGCCGUUUGGACAUGCCCAAUGUCCAGUGGAUGGAGGAGUAUCCCUGGGGGACGAUGCACUUUACCGGGCGGGUGAAUUUGAAAGAGAUGAAGAUCACGGGCUCUUUCCAGGCCUCUGAUGGUGGCAAGGGUAAGAUGUCCUUGGAGACGAAAAUUGAGGACUGGUGA